ACGGGGGGUUUUCAGAAGCAAAAAACUCUAUGGGGAACCACGAAUUCAUAUGAUGAACGUAAUAUAGACCAGGAGAUCAAACUUUUGGGCCCGAUUUGCCUUAAAAAAGCGUAAAUAAAUUAAUUCAAUAAAUACCGAGUUAAUCUUUGGUGCUACCCACCCCUGUCUGACAAAAAGAUUGUCUUCCAUUUAAAAAAUUUAUUGCAAGCUAGACACUUGCACCAAAGAGUAUCAACUCUUGAUACUCUUUGCUUGCACUGUAUGUGAAAUAUAGACGUAUGUCUAUGUCUAUGAUGUGAAAGGCUGCAAGUCACAGAUUUAUGUCAAUGAUUGAAGUGAAGUGUUUAAUUUGUUGUCUUGUGACUCUUUAUUGUGUGUUUUAUUCGUUUUUGUUCUACUUUCGAAGAUAGGCGAACCAAUUUCGACUUAUAGCUCGACCGUAAAGUCAUAAGGUUCAGGAUCAAAUUGGAAAUAUCAAGAACCUUGAAUUGUAAGUAACCGCAAAGUUCCUAUCGCCGAGCAGAGCCAACCUCCAGCCAAACUCCAAAAGGGCCGGAAAGGUUUUCGGAUUACGCCAUCCUAUUCAGCAUAAGGGAAAAUCAACUUCCGGCCGCCGCAUCCACCACCCCCUGCCACAGUGAGGGAUUACAGAAAAACCCCCAUAUCUCCAGUUCGAUACCUUGGCUUAAGGGAUGAAAGUACGAAAUGGCCUCGCAGAUGUGUGCUACUACAUCGAGAUGAAAUACUGAUCCGGACGUCGCGCGUUUUCGUAGGAAAUAUGGAGGAGAAUGACGCCAGUAAGGAAAGCGCCAGAGCGAAAAUAAUGACUCCGAACCGCCUCUUCCAUAUCUCUCAUCCAUAAUUUUCCAUAAAUCUCCUCCGAUCAUGAGAACAAACAAGGUCUGCUUGCGACGCUCCAGGCUCAAGACAGCUGAUCUUCCCAGACGUCACAAACACUGACCGACAGACAGAUCCAAGACAUAAGCAAUACCUCGUUUCUCAACUUUACACAAAGAAGCUACAUGACAAUAUCGGGGAUGUUCCGAUCCUCGGGCAGUUAAGACAUUGUUGAUUUUUGGAGUAUAUUUAGACGCCGAAUUUGUUGAAAAUUGUUGACGAAUGUUGAAGCCGCGCUGAAGGUUUUACGCAGUGAGAUAUUUUUAGAAAUUUGUUGUUCGAGAUGUUGACUAUGUUGAAAUGUUGGAAUUAACUUAAGAAUUGCAUUCGGUUUUUUACGUAUUCAGUUUAUAUAUGACAGUACAAAGGACGAUUUGAUAUACGACGUUCAAACGCACAAACGACAACGUAACAAUCCGUAAGUUUAACUGUAUUUUGGAGCUGACAGCUUUUCUCUUUCAUGACAAGGUUUUUCCGUCAAAAUUAAGACCAUGUACGCUGCGGCAGGGGGGGCAUCACUUGCUAGUCGUCAAGCGCGACAACGUCAGAAACAGAACAAACAAAAAACGCAACGUUUGCACCAGGUCAAAGCUCAAAAUGUGCCGGAAUUCAAAAAUAUCGCAGCCAAACACUUUCACAACUACACAGACUCCCCGGAGCCACCUAAGGUCCCUCUGUCCAAGGUGGACAGAGGCUCCCUCAAACCUCCUAGCCAAAACGAGAGGAGGCACAGUCAUUCGACCUCCCACUACCAUCCUGGCAGAGCGAAGAUAAGGGAGAGUCCAUCAAUAUCCAUACCUGUACAGAACCACCAACCUCCCAAUCUGCCCCUGACCCCCACCACCUUAGUCCAGCAACAUCCUCCUCUGGUCUCAUCGCCGAGCAUUCAGAGUCAGCUGCCUCAGAUCUUCAUACCGCCUGAGUCUGAGGGUAAGCCUGAGAGAAGAUGCAGUUUCGUCAGACAGGUGGAAGAGGUCGAGAAACGCACCGCUGGUGACAUCCUUGACAGAUGCAAUCACAUCUGCAACUUCGAAAUCAAGGAGAAGCUCUGGGACAAUCAACAUACCACGUUUUAUUCGGAAUAUGACAGGGAUAUAUUCGGGAGUUUGGAGUACCCUUUCUCCGAGUGUUCGCAGGGAAGGGCGGCAUGGCAGGAAAGAGAGCGGGGAAGACGCUGUUCCCUCUCGGAGGAGGCGCGGCAACAUCGCAUCAAGCAAACGGAAGCGCACCACCGAUGGAUGAAGAGGAACAGAAUACACGAUUCGACUUUUGGUGGUGGUUCGGAUGAGGAGGACUUCUUCAGCGUUUACCAUCAGAGUGCAGCCGCAAACGCCCUUCUCUACGUUGGACUUGGCACCACUGCUAUCGGCAGUGUCAUUUUCUUUGUUGGCACGGGGGAAAAGGGCUUCAAAACGUUAGAACUACGAAUGAUCGGACCUACUCUUAUAGCUUGUGGACUACUCUGUUGCCUCAUACGUGUUUUGUUAUGCGCAUGUCCUUCAACGUGUUUCAGAAAAAGUUCCAAGACUCGGUUGAAAAACACAUGCCCCCACAGCUCAAGUAGGUAUCCUCUAGCGCCAAAAAUGAAACGGGAUCAUCCCGAUUAUAUUCAGAUCCAGCAGAACGCUCUACCUGUGAGACACAAGAAGCAGGUGUCUAUAGUUCCCCCCAAUCAUUCCCUGCCCAGCACGAGCACCUCAGAAUUCAAGGAGUUUCCCAAAAUACUAUCCCCUAAGUCGGAAGAAGCAGUUAAGAAGAAGGCGAUACCGGAGAUACAACUCCCUCCUGAUUACACAGAGACAGCGGAUGGAGCACAGAUCUCCAAGCAAGAUUCUUUGUUAGAAUGGCACCAGCGGCAAAACCUCAACCAACGGUGUGAUUCAAUCAUAGAGCUGGAGAAUCUGGAACUCACAUACGAGGUUGAGAGUGUGUCGAGUAACGACAGUGAGAGUGCGACAAUCGUAGAGACAGAAGUGAAACAAUCGACAACGAAAUUAAACCGUAAACGUGAACCGAUUAACUCUAUGACUGGCGACAGUAAAGAAACUUCACUGAGUGUGGUCAUAGAGAGAAGUGACAAUAGUGAAAGUAGUGAAGACCGUAAAGAGACUACUUUGAAAAUAGAAGACACAGAAAGACAGCCUGCUCACAGCGGCAUUGUACUGAGUCCACUACAACUUGGACAAUAAUUCAUUGUUGUAGAAUAAUAAAUAAAUAUGCUUCUACAGGUCUAGGAAUUUCGAAGAAUGUUCUCAUAUAGCUUGGAUCUUUUUCAACAUCUAUAUUGCAUAUACAAUUAAUACUCAAAUUACUUCCGCAGAUUGUAAAUGGCCGUUUUCAUUUUGACAUUAAAAAUAAAUCCAACCUCAAAAUUACCGAUCAUUUUUUUUCUGUGAAAUUCCUAGAAUCUGUAUCGAAAAACUGUUAGUACCUAUAUGGAAUUGACUAUGGAUUAAAUGUGUGGAAUAUCUUCAACUUCACUCCAGUUUGAACAACUCGAUAUAUUAUUUAUAUUCGAUCAUAAAAAAAGGAAAAGCCAGAAGAACUGAAUGACAAAGUUGAAUUGCUCCAUUUCGUUGAAGAGUGGAGUUGUGGAAUAAACUAAAAAUUUAGUCUUAUCAAGCAUUUAAUAUAAACGAUAUUACGUUGCUACGUAAAAAUAUAAGUAAAGUAAUAUUUGCUAAUAUAGUUGCUGUAUCGAUUCUCCCAAAUUUUUCUUGGUUCGUUUUAUCGAUUAAUUUUGAUCAUUUUGGUAUAAAGAUGUUUCUACCUUUCUGUUAUUACAGGGAAAAAAAUUUCAAAAUACCGACAAACACCAUAACAUUCAUUUCUUUUUAGGGAGAUAUAAGUUUCUCAUAUUUUAUAUUUUUAGUCUUAACUCGUUUAAAAAAAAGAUACAUAAUAAAGAUAAAACUUCAAAGAAUUAAUUUUGUAUGGGAGGAAUGAAGAGAAUUUUGUGAAAAUCGAAAAAGCGAUAAACCUAGCGUGCCUAUCCUCUUUUAUUCCUAAUGCUUCUCGAUAAUUAGUUUAUAGAUUCGAUAUUUUCAAAGUAAUAUUACGUAUGCGUCAAUUUAUUAGCAAUACAUUUGGCCUAAGUUUCAUUCAGAGGGCGUAAACGGAUCAUUUUCGGUAAAUUCGGCAAAUCAAUGUCAUUCCACUACCGAUUUCUUCCUAUUUGGCACUGAAAUCUUCAAAACUCGCGAAAUUCAUUCAUCAAAUAUUUUAAUACCUAGUGAUCAAUAUCACGUUAUGCAGCAUUUCCUGAACAACAACAAAAAAGGCUAAGUUGGAUCUCCUGUGUAUCUAUUAUUCUAUAUAUUUGAGGAAUUCAGUGUCCUGUUCAUAUAUUAUAUCUGUUGAAUUUUUGCGCUCAAGAUAAUUAAGUUUCCAUUGGUUCUGUUGAAAUUUUUAUUAGCCUUUAUAGAAGAAAUUAUAGAACAAAUGUAGAAAACAAACAGUUUGAUAUCAGGGUAGUACCUAUAUGUUUCAAUGAAUACAUCAAAUAUCUGUUAUUUGUUAGAAAAUUGAUGUAAUUUCUGUUAUUAUCAUUAUGAUUUAUAUAUUUCUUUCAAGUAUAUGAACAAGAACUAUGAUAACUUUCAAAAUGAAUAUAUGUGAAUGAAGAAACUGAAAAAAAUUGAAGUAAAUAAAUAUAUACUUCAGUA